ACAGUUACGGCAAACCAUCCGCCUCAAAGACCGUGGAUUCCAUUGACAAGGCCCAAUAGGACGAGACCAACAUGCAUAUUUACGGUGAUGUGUUACAACGUGCUGUGCGACAAGUACGCGACGCGGCAGAUGUACGGCUACUGUCCGAGCUGGGCGCUGGACUGGGAGUACCGGAAGAAGGGCAUCCUCGACGAGAUACGGCAUUACGCGGCGGACAUCAUCAGCCUGCAGGAGGUCGAGACGGACCAAUUCUACAACUUCUUCCUGCCGGAGCUGAAGCACGACGGCUACGACGGCAUAUUCUCGCCUAAGUCCCGCGCGAAAACGAUGGCGGAGAACGACCGCAAGUACGUCGACGGCUGCGCCAUUUUUUAUAGGACCGCCAAAUUUUCCCUGAUAAAGGAGCAUUUAGUUGAAUUCAAUCAAUUGGCGAUGGCGAACGCGGAGGGUUCGGACAACAUGUUAAAUCGAGUCAUGCCCAAAGACAACAUCGGACUGGCAGCAUUACUUAGGACUAAGGAAGCCGCUUGGGAUAAUGGUGUUCCAUCAGAUCCGGCACAAGUGCAACAACCAAUUUUAGUUUGCACGGCGCACAUCCAUUGGGAUCCCGAAUUUUGCGAUGUAAAAUUGAUACAGACAAUGAUGCUGAGCAAUGAAUUACGUUCCAUUUUGGACCAAGCUGGCCAGUCAUUCAGACCCGGCCAUAAGCCUGACUCUUCCAACGUUCAGCUGCUACUUUGUGGCGACUUCAAUUCCUUACCUGAUUCUGGUGUGAUUGAGUUUCUUACAUCCGGACGUGUGGCGGCCGAUCACCGUGAUUUUAAGGAUCUAGCAUAUAAAUCAUGUUUACAAAAGAUCUCUGGCUGCGAUAAACCUAACGAAUUCACGCAUUCUUUCAAACUUGCAUCCGCCUAUAGCGAGGACAUUAUGCCCUAUACCAAUUAUACAUUCGAAUUUAAAGGCAUAAUAGACUACAUUUUCUAUUCGAAGCAAAGUAUGGUGCCGCUGGGCCUCUUAGGUCCAUUGAGCCCAGAGUGGUUUAAAGAGCAUAAAGUGGUAGGAUGUCCUCAUCCUCAUGUCCCAUCUGAUCACUUUCCUCUGUUAGUGGAGUUGGAAAUGACACCGACAGUAGGAACAAGCAAUGGUUUGAUCUCACGCAGGUAGCAGCCGCUGCGAUCUAGGCCCAAGUAACCAUAAGAAGACGAAAAAUCAAUAAGGAAAGUUGAAAUAAGAAGGAAACGAAAAAAAAAGGAAUUUGCAUCACUUCUUCUCUACUUACUUCUGGCUCUAGCAAUAUCAUUCGCAGUCGACUUAUUACUCUUACUACAAUAGAGCGCGUUAAUAUACAUAUAUACAUAUAUAAAAUACUCCAUACAUUGCCGCACAUUCUCAACCAACAGCAGAGCUUGCUGGUGCGUUGAGACGCCGACGAACACACAAUUCUAAUGAUGACCAGGUGAAGGGAGCCGUGUUGUAAUGCGUUUAGCUGGCCCAUGUAUAGUGUAUUGCAUUUUUAAGAGCUAACUCACUCUCCCACGCCUAAAGAUUAUUAAUAAUCUCUCUAUUUACCAUCAUAAUAUGUAUGUGUAGAUACCUAUUUUCCUACAAAAAGAAAAAAAAGGUAAAUGAAAGAGAAAACGACGAACUAUUCCGA